ACAGAGAGACAUAUCGGGAAAUCAUAAAUUAUCUUCGAUGGCUGUCGUGGGAAACCCUAAUUUCUCAAUUGGGGAAACAUCUUCUGUUCAAUCCCCUAAUUUCUCGAUUGGAGAAAUAGCAUCCGAUUUGGAUUUGUGUGGUAAACGAAAAAGAGGCAAUGAGAUUCAGGAAACCGAUGCUUCCAUGGCAAAGGUGGCAAAGGCAAGGGCAAAGGAAUCGCGGAUGGUAGCGGAAUUCACAGAUUUCGAUGAUCUAGUGCGAUUUUUCAAACAAGAGUUCAUCUUUGAAAAGGAAGAUUUCGAUCUUUUGAGAGAUUAUUGCGACAGUGAUGUUGAUGAUGAUGACAUAUUAGAGGAGAAGAAACAAAGUGUUCCCUUCGACAAGGGGCCCGUUCUCAAAAACCUCAACCAAGUCCGCAAUAGCGGUGGUUUUGAUGUGGAUGUGAAGCUUCAUCGUUGGUUGGAGCUGGGCUGGUAUUUCAUCCACCUUCCUCUGUCUGAUUCUCGUCGUCGUGAUUAUGUGUAUGAGCGGGCAAAGCUUGCUAUUGAUGAAAUCAAUGUUGACAUGGAAACCAAAGCUUUCGAGCUUGUGGAAAUUGUCAGGGCUGUCAAGUCACGGCCCCUCGCCGCUCGGAUGUAUUUGACUCUGGCUGUGAAAGAAGUUGGGGCAGAUAAAGAAGCUGCUACUAUGACUAUCCAAGCAGUUGUCUCCCAUCCCUUUAAUGCCCCUUGGGAGCUCAUGGAGUGGAGGUUCAAACCAUAGCUCAAGGGGCCGCUGAGGAAGCUGCUACAAUCACUAUUCAAGCAAUUGUGUACCAUCCCUUUAAUGGCCCUUGCUUAAGGAGUGGAGGUUCAAACCAUGGCUGAGGUUUGAUUUUUCCAUUUCUUCUGCUAUGUUUUAUAUCUAUUAGAUAUGUUGUUCAAUUAUAUGUCAUGUUAAACAAGUUCGUGCUACUUCUACUACUAUAUGUAUGUUUCAUAUUUAAUAUUUGAACAAUCUAUACUAAUAUAAAAGCCGAGUUUUUGGCA